AUGGGCAGCGGCGCAGGGAGCGGCGGCCCAGGUGGCCUCACAUGGGUCGUGCCUGCCGGCGGGGACAAUAAGGUCAUCUCAAUGAAGGUUUUGGGAACAAUGGAGGACAGACAAGCCAACUUCAUAAAACUGAGAAGCAUCCAGGGCAACCGAGCCAUGAUAAGGAGUAAACUUUUAGCAGGGGAGACCACAGUUUGUUCCCAUGUGCAUGCUCCAGGAGAUGAGGAAGAGGAACCGGCCGAGGAGGACUGCCCUGAGUUGGUUCCCAUUGAGGCGAAGGAAAGAGAGGAAGAGGAAAAGCUUGGCCCCGGCGCCAAGAUCCCAGUCACAAUCAUCACCGGGUAUUUAGGUGCUGGGAAGACAACACUACUGAACUACAUUUUAACAGAGCAACAUAGUAAACGAAUAGCAGUUAUUUUAAAUGAAUUUGGUGAAGGAAGUGCAGUAGAGAAAUCCUUAGCUGUGAGUCAAGGUGGAGAGCUCUAUGAAGAGUGGCUGGAACUUGGAAAUGGUUGCCUCUGCUGUUCAAUGAAGGACAGUAGCCUUCGGGCUAUUGAGAAUUUGAUGCAGAAGAAGGGGAAAUUUGAUUACAUACUGUUAGAGACCACUGGGUUGGCAGAUCCUGGUGCUGUGGCUUCUAUAUUUUGGGUUGAUGCUGAGCUAGGGAGUGAUAUUUAUCUUGAUGGUAUCAUAACUGUUGUAGAUUCAAAGUAUGGAUUAAAACAUUUAGCAGAAGAAAAACCAGAUGGCCUCACCAAUGAAGCUACUAGAGUUGAUCUUGCCAACAUACUAGAUCUUCAUGCCUUUGAUAGUCUCUCUGGAAUCAGUUUUCAGGAAAAACUUCAACAUAUGUCCACAGCACAACCUCACCUUGAUCAGAGUAUUGUUACAAUCACAUUUGAAGUACCAGGAAAUGUAAAGGAAGAAAGUCUAAAUGUAUUUAUUCAGGAUCUCCUGUGGGAGAAGAACGUGAGAAACAAGGACGAUCACUGCAUGGAGGUCAUACGGCUGAAGGGGCUGGUAUCAAUCACAGACAAACAACAACAAGUGAUUGUCCAAGGUGUCCAUGAACUCUAUGACCUGGAAGAGACUCCAGUGAGCUGGAAAGAUGACACAGAGAGAACAAAUCGAUUGGUUCUUAUUGGCAGGAAUUUAGAUAAGGACAUCCUUAAACGGCUGUUUAUGGCUACUGUAACAGAAACAGAAAAGCAGUGGACAGCACAUUCCAAAGAAGAUCAAAUUUGUCUAUAGCACCAGAAGCAUUUAUCAAAAGGAUUGGAUAAUAGAAAUUAGUUCCCUACUGGCAAUAUUUCAACCAUUAUUCUUUGAUGACUUCUUUUAUGAAUUCCAGUGUACUUAAAAAUAAUAUUUAUUUUAUACAGUACAUAGUGUGAAUCAGUAUAUAAGACAUUGACAUU